AUGAAGCGGAGAAAGAACAUGAAGCGGGUCACUAGAACGGGACUGGUGGAAGCAAACCGCGGCUUUCAAGAUCACAUGUUCAAGCUCUAUACGGGCCAGUCACUGAAGCAGCGACACAUCGAUCACGCGUCGCAGAGCAUCGGUGGUAGCAGGGGGGUCGAUCGCUUCGGCAUUCCCCGCGGAGGAGCAGUCAUCGACAUUUAA